AUGGUUGCCCGCCAUGGCGUCGUCCGGCUCCUUUGGAUAGCGUGGCUCCACGUACUCGCUGUCAGCGGCCUCGACACAACCGGCAGCGUCGUCUACUGCUGGUCGGACGCGGCGCCGUCAUCGACGUACAUAGGCGCCCAGUGCGGGUUUGAGACGCUCCUCCUCGUGCCCAACGGCGAGCCGCGCCAGCCGCUGCAGGGCAUUGCGUUCACGGCCAAGUACGUUGGACCGUCAGCGCUGGGCUUCGACCUCGCCCAGAUCCAGUUCAGCCGGCGCAACCAAAGCGAAGCGCCAGCUCAGAUUGCCGACAGCUACAUCGGUCUCUUCCUCAGCAACGAGACUACGUCGCAGGGCGACACAGUGCCGUCGGCAUUGCCGUACCUCGCUGUCUCGUCGCCCGUGCGCAAAAACGUCACGGCAGUCGGUGCCACGAGCUUGGCGCCGCCAGAACCGCUGCUGCUGCCGGACCGCGCCGGCAGUUUGAUCGUCCUCGCGCGCUUCUCGGUCGCCAACCUCCAAGGCUCCUUCUUUCACUUUGCAACGUUUCGCUCCAUUGACGUCCAGUACCCAAUCCCGACGCGCUUUCCCGUAACCUACGACGCGACGUCCACCUACUGCUGGGCGACCGACCAAGUCGCGUACGAUCGGCUCGUCAACCGCGACGAUUCGGCCGGGUUUUCCGCCGACUGCCCGAUCGCACUCAACGUCACGUCGCCACUGGCCGCGCAGAGCCUGUCGCCGAUCCCGAUCGCGUGGUCGCUCCAUGUCCGUGCCGAGUACGCGGGUGGCAUGCGCAUUUCGCCGACCAGCGUUCUGCACACGGCGGUUCACUUGUGCAGCAACGUCGACGACGGCUACUGCCACGUGUUCAACCAAAAGCCCUACGUGGCGUCGUCCCAGGACCUCGCGGGCAACAUCAGCGAGUCGAGCCAAUCGGCGUCGUUUGCGACGACGCUCCUGAGCCUACCGACGGGGCUCUACCUCGGUUUGCACAUGUCGUCAUGCGCGGUCUGGACGGGCGACAUGUGCACAUGGCCUCGUACUUUCAGCUCAAACACGACCUACUGCUGGAAGCUCUUUGCGCCGACCGCCAUCCACGACGUCGACGCAACCUCGAUGCUCGGAACGCACUCGACGGGGUCGUCGUGCCCCGUGGCCAUUACGCUUCGCGGCCUCGACGCCACGCCGGCGCUCAACGCGUCGACGCUCGUCGCGUGGCAAGUGACGCCCGACAUCAGCGCGGCGAGCCACCUCGUGGACCUCCCGGCCAACUGGAGCGUCGCUUGGUCGCGCGUCGUGACCUGCACCGCGCCGUGUUCGCCAUUCUCGGGCUCCAAACCGCUCGCCACUUCGCCGUUCACACCCAGCAACGGGACCACCGCCGCCACCUUACGAUGGACCGCGCCGGGCUCGUACGUCGUGUACGCGUGGGCGACACUCAACACGCUUCAGGGCACGCGCCUCGACGUCGCGACGUUCCAAACGAUCACGAUUGCAGCACCACUCGGAGCGUCGUCGCUUUCGACGACGACGAUCGUGCUCAUCGCGUCGACGAGCGUCGUUGCCAUCGCGCUCUUUUCUCUUCUCGGCGUGAGCUACUACAAGCAGCGCCAGCACAAGCGCAUGCUCUGGACGCAGUGGCAGCUCUCGCGCGCCGGCCUCUACUCGUACGGCGGGAGUCCGUGCCCGAUCGCGAGCCAGCACUCGGACAUUCCCAUCAUGCAGGGCGCCGUCAUGGACACAUCCCGCAUCGCCGUCCACGACUCGUUCUCCGAGGCCCAUGACGACGACGAGAAGAACGCCAGGCGACACAACGUCGACUUGCAGUACCUGCAAGAGAACCGCAUCGAGUACCCGAUCCAUCGCGGCCGCAUCGCCUCGAACGCGACGGGCUACUACGUGGACAUGGACCCGACGCGCCCGACGCGCACCAAGUCGAGCGUCUCGACGCGAAGAGACCGGAACUCGUCGAGCGCUAUCUUGUUCGACCCGACGCGACAAGUCCGUGCGACGUCGAACCCCAUCAGUGCCUACGACCCGACUCGGGACCGGAACGCGAGCAUCGCGAGCAACCACCAAAUGAUGGUGGGGCCACGGCCAUUGUACAAUGGACAUGCGCCCGAGUCGCCGCGACCGUCGUCGGUCGCGUCAACGGGCUCGAUCAUGGCCACGUAUGGUCACUCCAUGUACGCAAUGCAGGGCAGUCGUCCGUCCUAAUACUAAUACUACUACGUGCG